CUUACCUUCAAGCCACACGAAUCUCUCUUUUCCAAACGCUUUUCAUUUUCAAAUUGCAAAUCAAUCGAACUUAAAAAAACAAUUUACCAGCCGUAAUCUCUCAACCCCAAUCCUCUCCUCGGGCGCUCGAUCGUGUCCCCACGCGCUCCAAGCUGCACAGGGCAAUCCCACUUCCCAUCUCGGGAAAAACGAUGAACGCAUGCAAACUUGAACGCGAUCUUUAACGGAUUUUUCGAUAAAGAUUGGCUAAAAUUUGUAAAAAGUGCAUGUGGUUCAUAAGCAUCGCACAUAGUAAGGCAAGAGAAGGGAACGCCAUGAGAGAGAGAGAGAAAGACUCAGUCACUGCCCGUAGGCCAUGAUUUCAUUUUUCUGGUUUGGGCGAGGGGCGAGUACAUCCGUAUCACUCAGAUAUGAGAUUCCCAUUUGCCUAAAGAGCUUCUAGCUCUAUCCAGCUGGGUCCCCACGAUCCACACCUUUUACAUUUUUUUUAUUCCCUUUUGCAACUUUUUUUAAGUUUUGUUGAUGAUGAUGAAUGAGGAGAUCCUGUGUGGAGGGUAACCCUCUUCUCUUGCCGAAUCUAUCUUCACCCCCCCACCCCAAAUUGGAUAGCAUUCACUCUCUUUGCUUUUCCUUCCUCUCUCUGACGCACUGUUAAUGUUAAAAUUUCCAUCUUCAGGAUCUCAAGUAAUUUCUUGAUGUUUUCAUGUGUUUGCUUUGCCCCCUUUUGAUAUUUCAGCUAGGGGAUUGGAUUUUUUGGGUCGGUUCUGGGUGGUUCUAGAUUUGGGGCCCCUUCUGAACAAUUCCAUGUGUUCUUGAUUCGUGGUUUGUGUUUACUCUAGGAUUUUUUUUUGUGCUCUUCCUGUUUGUUUUUUAUACUCGGCUAAAGAUAUUGAUCUUUUGAGGUGGGUUGAUUUUGGGUAGUUCAGAAGUUUUUUUUUUUUUUGGAAACAAUUUCAUGUAUUCUGGUUGUUUGCUAUUGAGUUUCAGGCCAAGGAAACGUUUUUUUGAGGUGGGUUGAUUAUGGAUGCUGGUGAAAUUGUGUUUUCUUCUUAAAGGGACUGAUUUUUGCUAUCUGGGCAAGUGAGUUCUUGGGUUUGUGGUGGUGAGUUUUGGUGAAGGGUUGUGAAUGGGAUCUCAUUGUGGAUUUGAAGGGAAAGAUUGUUUCUGGAAGUGGGUUUUGCUUUGAAGGGCUGGAAGAAGAUUAUGAAAGGAGCGAAAAAUGAGGAGAAAGUGAUAGGCCCUUUGUUUCCUAGGCUUCACGUCAAUGACACGGAGAAAGGAGGGCCGAGGGCACCUCCGAGGAACAAGAUGGCCCUCUAUGAGCAGUUCAGUGUCCCUUCUCUGAAAUUUAGUGCUGGAUCCACGGCAUCUGUGUUGCCUCUCCCUCGAAGCAACAGCGGCAGCUUCCUUCCUUCAACAUCCUCCAACCAUGGUGUUGACCAUGAAAGGAGCGUAUUAAGCCCUGUCUGCAACUCUCCAGCACCCGCUCAUUUGGCUGAGAAGCUUCAUUCUUAUUCUUCAAAGGGGCAUAUCUUGAAGACUUCAAUGGGAACUCUUGAAAAGAAAUCCACAAAAUCAACAAACCCUCAAAAUUUGAAUCCCGUGGUUCAUUUGAUACCAACUGUAACAUGCAAUUCUUUUCAAGCACACGACUUAUCCAGCCAAUAUGAACACACAACUGCUACAUCAAAUUCAUUUCAGCAACACAACUUUGAGAAUUCUUUUAUGAAGGAGCUUAGAGAUGAGAAUAGUUCGAGACUCCCAACAAUUGCCCCAUCAGUGGGGACAGCUCCACAGUUUAGGAGAAGUCAGCCCAGCAUUGAUAGAGAAAAACUCCCUCAUCCUAGCUCGUCCAUGCAACUUCAAGCUGCUGGGCAAAGCAUGAGUAAUCAAACUGAGAAGAAACAAAAAGUCUCUCAAAUGGCUCAAGAUGCUGCUUUAUUCCUGUUGGCUAGAGAUAAACGAUUAAGCCCAUUGGCCAUAGAUGAAAUUUCUGAGCCAAUUAAGCAGGCACAUGCAUCUCUAAAUCAACAAAGCAGAAUAAGUUCAGUGGAUGACUCAAGCAGACUACAAGGUAUUGAUGUACAAUCCUGUCAGGGAUGUGUAGCUGUGGAAGAAAACAUGGGUACCAGAGAAUGUGCUUUGGUGGACCCCAUAAAAAGCAUAGGAAAUGGAAAUGCUUCUGUAGUUGGUGAUGAAUCAUAUUUGAGGCCUUCCCAGGGAGACGAUCAUAGAAGUCCCAAGGUUGAAAAUGGGAAUGCAGGCUAUGGAUGUGGGCCUUUACGGUCGGGUGAUGCAGGCAGAAAUAAUGAUAUUUCAGACACUUCCUUGAUUGACUCUACAUCUGGUUUGUUUAUAUCCCCUGAUGAUGUUGUUGGAGUAAUAGGCCGGAAACAAUUCUGGAAAGCAAGAAGAGCUAUUGUCAAUCAACAAAGAGUCUUUGCUUUGCAAGUAUUUGAGCUGCAUAGAUUAAUAAAGGUACAAAGAUUGAUUGCUGGUUCACCACAUUUAUUACCUGAAAGUAACUUUUUUGUUGGAAAGCGUGUGCUAAAUAUACCUCCUGUGAAGUUGCCACCUGAAUGUGUUCUAGAACAACCACCUCUGAUUGUGAAACCAAAUGAUGACUGUCAGAUGCCAAUUUCUAGAACUGAAUGUAUGCCCAGCAAAGCAGUUGGGAAGCCGCCGCCUCUCAACAGUGAUACCAGCAAAGAACUUGCAACUCAGCAGUCAAAUUAUGUAGCUCAUUCAGGAAGUCAGCCACAAGCAUCGAUGACUGCUGAUACCAAACCAGCUUCUUGGUGUUUCCACCCACCUCCAGGGAAUCAGUGGUUAGUUCCCAUCGUGUCCCCUUCCGAAGGAUUUGUUUACAAGCCCUACAUGGGGUCAUGUCCUCCAACCUCAGGUUUUAUGGCUCCGGCCUAUGGCAGCAAUGGGCCUGCAAGCGUGAAUGUGGGUGGUGACGUUUUCAGUACAGCCUUUGGUGUUCCAGCUUCCCACCACCAAGGAAUUGGCAUUCUUCCCAGCACUCUCUUGGGUCAGACCUACUUUCGGCCAUAUGGCAUGCCUGUCAUGAACCAACCUGCUUCUGGUUCUGCUGUUGAGCAGGUGAAUCCAGCAUUUACUGCUGCUGGGUCUAAUGGGCAGGACAAUCAAUUACUUGUGGGGGAUGUUAAUUUCACCAUGCCCUUACAGAGCUCUUGUAAUGCUUUGAGUGGACAGAGUGGGGCUGUUUCCAGUUAUGUUGGGAAAUUUCAUCCAUCAAAAGACAGUGAGUUAUGGGGAAGUAUGGGGAGUAGUCCCUCUGAGAGCGCACAGGCAGAUGCCCUUGCUCUCUUUCCUAUGGCUCCGACGCCAAAAGCUAUUGAUGCACUUACACAGACUCAUAGCAAGCAGCAUACCCAAGUCAUAAAGGUUGUGCCUCACAAUCCUAGGUCUGCGACUGAAUCAGCAGCUCGGAUUUUCCAGUCUAUACAGGAAGAAAGGAAACAGCAUGAUUAGUUAAUCCAAUAUUUUUGAAACUUGUACAAAUGAGAUGGCCAAGCCAAGCGAUAAAUGAGCAUAUUCUUAUAUUUCAUAAAAAUGUUCUGUAAGUUUGUAUCUGCCUUACAUCUUUCUUCUGACCAUGUGCAUUACAUGUAAAUAUAUAUAUAUUGAAAUAUUUUAUUUUUUCUGUUCAAA